UAUGAUUGAACAAUGGAAUCGUGCAGCUGUCAUGGAUGGCUGCAUAACCACCGUCUACAUUCGUGAUAAAGAUGUUUCAGCUACCAAUAAUCUGGGUAUAAAUGUUUGAAACCAAGUUAUAUGUUGGGCAUAGUCGGACUUUCUUCCAUUCAUUAGGAAAGUCAACAAUGAGAGGUGCCACCAUUUUCAUAUUUGUCCUAAUGGCUUUUGAUCCAUGCCUUCUGAUCCUCUCCUCAGCUGGACUAACGAGGGAAGAAAUUGUGCAGUUCAAUACCACGGGAAAUUAUGGUGCCUCGGUCGCCGUGUACGAGAGUGACAGUGCUGUGUUUUACAUAUCUGCAAGUGGUUUACCUGAUCAUGAGACGGAAAGAGUAAACCCCAAUAACGCUACAGCCCAAAACUAUAAUGUAUCAAUUCCCAAAACUCCCGAAAUAGUGCCCGUUCCGGGCUGUGUGGGAUUAGGGAUGAUUGGGAUCACAAGAACAGGUGUCGCCAUCUACAAUCCUCUGGCGGGAGAUUUAUCUAACGCCGUAGAGGGGGCGUCUCCCGAAGUGUUUGAUAAAUGUGACGGACAUGCGAGUCCAGGUGGAGCUUAUCACUAUCACAAGAUUCCCGACAGCUGCAUGUACAAGGGAGAGGUUGAAGAGUUCAUUGGCGUGGCUUUAGAUGGGUUUCCUAUAUAUGGACCAAGGGUAAGCGAGUCGCAGAAUGUGACGGAAUCAGAGCUGGACAAGUGUCAUGGAAAGGUUGUCAAUGGGAGCUACAGGUAUUAUGUGACGGAUAAAUUUCCGUAUUAUCUAGGAUGUUUCAAAGGACGCGUGGUGAAUCCAAACACAAUGACACAGUAUAACUGUUCCUCGAACAAUACACGUCCAAGUCUUCUGGUCCUCUCCUCAGCUGGACUAACGAGGGAAGAGAUCGUGCAGUUCAAGGCCACAGGGAAGUAUGGUGCCUCGGUCGCCGUGUACGAGAGUGACAGUGCUGUAUUCUACAUAUACGCCAGUGGUCUACCUGAUCAUGAAACGGAGAAAGUGAACCCCAAUACCGCUACAGCCAAGAACUAUAACCUGUCCAUUCCCAAAACUCCCGAAAUAGUGCCCGUUCCGGGCUGUGUGGGAUUAGGGAUGAUUGGGAUCACAAGAACCGGUGUCGCCAUCUACAAUCCUCUGGCGGGAGAUUUGUCUAACGCCGUAGAGGGGGCGUCUCCCGAAGUGUUUGAUAAAUGUGAUGGACAUGCGAGUCCAAAUGGAGCUUAUCACUAUCACAAGAUUCCCGAGAGCUGUAUGUACAAGGGAGAGGUUGAGUUCAUUGGUGUGGCUUUAGAUGGGUUUCCUAUAUAUGGACCAAGGGUUAGCGAGUCGCAGAAUGUGACGGAAUCAGAGCUGGACAACUGUCACGGGAAGGUUGUCAAUGGGAGCUAUAGGUAUUAUGUGACGGAUAAAUUUCCGUAUUAUCUAGGAUGUUUCAAAGGACGCGUGGUGAAUCCAAACACAAUGACACAGUAUAACUGUUCCUCGAACAAUACACAUUGGAAUCUGGAGAACUAUGGAUACAGUUAUUACCUCUGUCAUUGUGUAAACUCCGGAACGGGGUCCGGGGGAGGAGGUGGAGGUAGGCCACGCCCAGAGUGUGCCCCAGAAAACCCAAACCGUCCCCGUGACUGUCCACCGUGUCCUCGAGAGGGAUGUCCUUCUCCCAAGACAUCUACACCAGAAACAUUCACGGGAAAUAUGACUGGUGUACAGGAUGGGUCCAGCGCAGCCGCUCACGUGGUACUAGAAAUCAACGUUCUUGUGGUUUUCUUUCAAGUGACAUUUUUGUACCUUUUAAUUACAAGGUCGGAAAUGUCGGAGAAUGAUACCUACACUGUAUUUGACUCGGAGACACAACAACCCCUAACAGUGACCGUGGCGCCAGGAGGCGGGGAUGAGACACAUGGUACGAUACAAUACAUCACACAGGACGGUGUCCAAAUACAGCAGAUCACCCAGCCAGGUGGAGAAAUAGUACAGGUUGCAGAUGGAACUCUCUCUAAUUUACAAAACUUCACGAGUGUCUCACAAGCAACACCCAUUGCAUCAGGGGCAGGUCAGAUCGUACAGACUUCAAACAUAGUACAGCAGCCCAACAGCCUGAUGGUGCAGGGCUCGCCUCAGGUCAGCACCAGUGCCCAGAUGACCCCAGCCGUUGGCGUCCCACAAAUGUUGUUCCUGAACCAGGUGACUGUGAAUGGACAGACUUCAUUCGUGCUUGUGGACGCCAACAACAAACCGGUGCAGCUUCCUCAAGGUAUUCAAGUUAUAAACUUACCAACACAACCUGCAAAUCAACAAGUACCUGUAAAUAACGAUACUGGAGAGGAGCCACUGUAUGUGAAUGCAAAACAGUACCACCGGAUUCUCAAACGGAGGCAAGCCAGGGCCAAAUUAGAAGCCCUAGGAAGAAUACCAAAAGAAAGACAGAAAUAUUUGUAUGAGUCUCGACACAGACAUGCCUUGAACAGACAGAGGGGGUCAGGUGGAGUGUUUGUAAAGGGACCCAAGGACAGUGCUGGGGGUGGAGAAGGAGGGGCAGACAAGAAAAACGGGAGGGACAACACCUCCUCCCCAGCCCCCAUUCACACCACUCACGUACCAAUAGCCAUUGCCCCCAGUUCAGCUCAGCCCCAAAGUUCAAACUUUAAUAUGUCGCAGCUCGCUGCCGGCAAUAUCCCCAGCGUUUCUCUGAGUGGCCUGCCAAGUAAUAUUGCACAGCAGCUUUCCUCAGGCCAAAUCACCAUCUCUACACCCUCCGGCAUUCUCAAUGUGAACAAUAUCAAUAACUCAAAUGGUGCCGAGACUGUGGACACAAAAGGAGACUUUAUUACCUCCCUUGCAACGUGAAUUUCAGUGAAUUUGCUCUUUAGCUUUUUUCUGCCUGUGUAAUCUGUUCAUAUCAUUUGCAUGUAUGCCCACUGGAUGCAGUUUUAGUUUCUUUCAUUUUUCAUAUUUGUUUACAAUAUUUUUUACAACAAUAGAUGUCUUGAAGUUUUGUGUUGUUUACAAUAAUCUUUUUGACUUGGAAAAAAGAAACAUCUGUUUUGGACACGCAUAUGUGGUUAUUUUUAAAAUAUGUUGUUCAUAACUCAUCAUUAAAUCUAUUAAGCAAGCA